AUGAGAAAGAAAAGAUCGAAACCAAUUUCGCAGAAACAAUUGAAAAGGCAUAAUUUGAGCAAUGGCAGAGGACCAGAAUUCAAGGUCGUUUCCGACCGCUUCGAAGUGAAAUUUUCCUGGACCAAUCUUUACGGACAUAAGGUUGUCUUCGAACAGUCCUUAUUUACCCAAAUGGAAAUGGAUCUUGAUAGUCUCGGAAAAUUUGCUCUUCCAUGGCAAUAUUCACGACCUCAAAAAUCCGAAAUCAUAAAUCACAUAUCCAACGGAGACGCAAAACUUCCAAACAGAUCAACCAUGGAGAAAUACGCACGAGCGUGGUGUUCUUCGAUACACUUCCUGGUCUUCCCGAUGAUUAGUCUUGACUUUUUUCAACGGACUCUUGACCUGGUUUAUGGUUCAAGGGAUAUAAAGGAUUAUACUGGCUCGGCUAGUGCCAAAGCAGCGCUUUAUGCGUUUCUCUCUAUCAUCACGAUUAUUGAGUUUACAAAAGACGACGCUCCACAUGGACCUAGUUGUGAAUUUUUUGUAGCAAAGGCCCAGUCGUACCUAGUUGAUAUUAUUCAAGAGUCCACGAUCGACGGUUUACAAACACUUACAAUAGUAAUUCUAGGUACAAGCUUUUCUGGCGAUUACAAAAAAGCGGCGACGUUCGUCUCAAUGGCUCCUCGUAUUGCGUACGCUCUAGGUGGUCAUAAAAACCCAUUUGAACCACACCAUGGCGAAGCCUUGGUAUACAAUACCAGUCGACCGGAGUGCCAUGUACGCAACUUAUUCUGGCUCUGCUAUACGUUUGACAAAGAGCUGGCUCUUCGAACUGGUCAGCCGCCAUCAAUAAACGACGAUAACUGCGAUCUCACCAUGCCUCCGGGGUAUAUCGAACUGCAGAAUUCCAACAUUUGCUGCCCGGACGUCGUCAUCGAUAACACAACGGUUCCCCUCUACCCCUGGGAUCCUCGACUGUCAGUCAUCAAAUCCCGAACCUACAAACUCCUCUACUCCGAGAGCGCAAUACGGAAAUCCAAAUCAGAAAUAUUGCAACAUAUCCGCGAACUAGACGAUAACCUUGAACAAUGGCGAUUAUCUUUAAGUCGUGAAUUUAGACCAACACUCACAUUCUCUGAAGAUACACUUUUCCCGUCUGCGUUGCUGGCCACGCAACCGAUCAUGCUUCGUUUGGCAUAUCAUCAUUGCGUGAUUAUUAUCCAUAGUGCCAGCAACAGGUGCCGCGAAUCAUCGGAUCUCGGGAUGCAAGAGAUUGGCGUGGCGUCAAGUUUGGGGUUGAGUGUGGAGGCGGCGAGGUCUUCGCUUUUGUACCUUCAGGCUGCGUUGCCGAAAAUUGCUAGAGAAUGUUUUUGGAUCAUCUUAUUUUAUGUUGUUUCCUCGAUUGUCACCAUUCUAGGACAUAUGAUCUCCAACCCCAAUGAUUCUAAAUAUGCGUCGGAUUUCAAGUUGUUGAUACAAGUGUCGGAUAUGGUGCAGAGCUUCCCGAUUACUGAGCUGUCGGCCGCUGAAUUGAUUCAGAUGCAGCUGGUCAAGGACUUUUCGCGGGAGCUGGCAAGCAUGCAUUACUGA